UUCGAGCUACAUGGUUACAAAUGGCGUGAUUGGUUAAUAUUCCUAUAUUUUUGUAGAUUCGAUAUAAAAUAGGGGCUCUUCACUUAUAGGAAAUUUUAUGAAAAACCCGCUUCGAUGGAUACAGAUAUUUUAUUGGGAAAUAAGGACUGUCUUUAUGAUACUGAUUUCCUGGACCAUUUCACAAACGAAUAUCAGUGGUCAUCAUUGUUAGAUGCAGCUGAUGCAUCGCCUAGUGAAAUUCUUGCCGAAGCGGCUUCUAUAUUUGUGCCGCCUAUAUCACCUAUUUUAAGCAUUAAAUCCUCACCCAAUGAAAGCAGUAGUUCGGAUUCUGGCAGUGAAGAUGAUUCAAAAAAUUCCAGUAAUACAUCAGCUAGACAGUCUUCAUUGUCACCUUUGGAUUGGACAUUUGAUGAGGACUCAUGUAACUUAAAACUAGAAGAUGUCGAACAGUUUCUUCAAAAACCAGCACCAAGUGAUACAACAGAAAAUAAUACAAUUUAUCCACCAAACAACAUACAAGAGAAAAAUGGUCCUGUUAUGGCUAUUGAAAAUGGAGUCAUUAAGGGUGUUACUGUAGACAAUGAUGCAGUUUCUGAACAUAAAUAUAUACCACUAUUGACUACAAAGGAUGAAAAUGAUUCAAUUCAAAAUGCAUACUUCAAUGUUGUUAAUGAAAAUAUUUCCAUCAAUACUAAAAAAGAGGAUAAACAUAUUAUGGUUAUGGAGCAGAAGAGGAUACCAAUUAUAUUAAAAAAGCAACAAAUAAUUAAUAUUAAGCCACCAAAUAUUGUGAUACCUACAGAAAGUUCAAAGGGGAAAAUUGUGAUUUCACCAUUGCCUCAAACAAAUAUUACUGGUGACAAGAGAGUUAAUGGUUACCCAGUUAAGUUGGCAACACCUCAAAAGAAUGUUAUUAUAAGUCCCAAACUGGAAGUAGCUAGUGAUAGCACAAUAGUACAAAAUGGUACCAAACCCAUAGAUUCAGAUAAUAUACCUUCUAGUGUAGAUUUAACAAAUUUAAGUGAUGCAGAAAUAAGAGCUAUUAAGAAGCAACAGAGGAUGAUAAAAAAUCGUGAGUCAGCAUGUCAGUCGAGACAAAAAAAGAAAGAGUAUGUAACAGCAUUAGAACAACAACUGUUGGAGGCCCAACAGGAAAUAGAGAGGUUACGACUAGAGAAUAAGUUGUUGCGGGAUCAACUGGAUAACAAUGGACGAUAUCGGAAGAUUCCGCGAUUGGAUACUUCCAUUUUGAUACCUAAGAAGAACAUUGCAAUGUUGUUUGCUAUGGUAUUUAUGGUGUCACUAAAUUGGAAUAUUUUAGGAUGGAAUAGUACAACAACGUUUAUUGGACCAAAUACACAACAAACGGUGGCGUCACGACAUUUAUUGUGGGCUGAGGAUAACUCUGAUUCAAUACCCGAUUAUGAUCAAUUCGUAAAUCGAAGUAAUGAGAGUAGCGAUUGCCAAAAUAGCACCAUCACAGAAUUUCAAAAUAUAAAUCAAACGGAGAGUAUUAGAAUAGCGGGUGAAUUGAAACGUUGGAUCGGCGGCGGUAAAACUCUAAACUGGACCAAUCAUAAGCAAAAUGAUGCUAAAAUAUAUCCCAGUGCUGAAAAAAUACGUGAUGGUCUAUUUGAAACAUACGGGAUAUUUAAUAGACUGCAUUUAGAUAACAAUUUAUUAGAAUUUCCAACUGUAAAGAAUCCAGAGAAGAACCCACGUCAAAAGCUGCGCAUGCGCCGUUUGAAGCGAAGCAAAGACGUCGAAUUUCCUGACAACAGCGUCUAUGAUUACAACAAACUGUAUCAUAAGCCGAUACGGAAAAUUGAAGAUUUUGAUGUUGACUUCGGUGAAUGGAAUGCUUUACUUCAAGCGUUGCAGAGGAGAGACGACACGUUCUAUGUUGUUGGUGUGGGAAAGGGAGAGCAUUUAUUGUUACCUGCAGUUGCGCACAAUGUCACACGACCGCCGAAAAUGGCGUUAAUCUUACCUGCGAGAACUGGAAAUGAUUCAUUAAUGAAUGAUCACGUGACCCUCAUGCAAAUCGACUGCUCUGUUGUGAACACAUCUCUAGUCAAACUCAAAUCCGACGCAUUACCUGAAAGUUUAAGAAAAAGUAGAAAUAAUGAUUUGAAUACCCCAAUCCCCGUGUACAAUAAUUCCAAACCUAAAUAUAAUAAAAAAGGCUAUGUGAGAAGCAACAAAGAUGCAAUUGACGCUAGUCUCUCGGAUGUUAUGCAGAAUUCAGGCAAUAAUGCAUCCAAUGCUGUAGAAAAUAAGAAGCAAGGUAAAAUUAGCAAUAUUAAUAUGAACAGUGACCUUUUUGCUCAAAUAUUAAAUCCUAAAAGGUUAAUUGUUAGUAACAAAGAUACAAUAGAACAUAUCAAAUCAAAAAAUGAUAGUUUUGUAUAAAGCUAACCGCAUUAAAAUUUCA